UACCAGACGCAAGCCCAGGCGAAAAACAAAGUGGAGUUCCAAUCUGCCUGUAAAAUUUGCUUCUAGUCUACAGCAGAAGAAGGAGCACUUGAAAUAUGGACGAAAGCGCCUCUGCGAAAAGAUGGCUUCCUCUCGAAGCUAACCCUGAUGUGAUGAACCAGUUCCUUUGGGGACUGGGCCUUCCAGAAAACGAGGCAGAGUGCUAUGAUGUGUAUGGUCUGGAUGAACAACUACUGGAAAUGGUUCCCGAGCCUGUACUUGCUGUGCUUUUUCUUUAUCCCUUAACCUCAAAGACCGAGGAAGAGCGGUUGCAACAGGAAAAUGAAAAAAAGCAGCACAACACUAGAGUAUAUUUUAUGAAGCAAACUGUGGGAAAUGCUUGUGGUACCAUAGGACUUCUUCAUGCUCUUGGGAACAUAACAUCUGAGAUCAAACUUACUGAGGGAUCAUUCUUUGAUAGGUUCUUCAAAGCUACUGCAAGCAUGGACCCAUUACAGCGUGCAGCAUUUCUUGAGAAUGACAGAGAAAUGGAAGUUGCUCAUUCAGUAGCUGCCACUGCUGGUGAUACAGAGGCAUUGGUUGAUGUGAACGCUCAUUUCAUCUGCUUUGCUUGUGUGGAUGGUGAACUUUAUGAGCUUGAUGGAAGAAAGUCAGGACCUAUAUCUCAUGGUCAAUCCUCACCAAAUACUCUAUUGAGGGAUGCAGCUAAAGUCAUACAGGGCGUGAUCCAGAAAAAUCCUGACUCUCUUAACUUCAAUGUCAUUGUCGUUUCAAAGAAAUCUGGAGAUGGGAAGUAAGGAUGAAGGUUCUGGGUAUCUUGGGUCUUGGGUGAACCCAGUUAUGUGUAAUCUUUUUGAUAUCCUCGGCAUUCAAGGAACUCUUUACUCACUUCGCUUGUGCAUGUACUCAGAUGUUGUGUUUUCAUACAUAAUGAUCUAGCAAGAUCACUUCCCUCCUGUAGAUUAGCGCAGUGCCUGCUUGUUGGGCAAGAUGAACCUACAAAUGAUAUUUUAAAAGUCAACUUACCUAAGCGGGAUUGAUUUUGUUU